AUGCGCUGCUCGCAUGAUCUCAUGCCCCUAUGCCCUCAUCCCUCUCCACCCCACCCCAGUGUGCAGCGGCGCAGCAAGCAGGAGUGCAUGGGAGCCAUAGCGGCCUCGCAAGCCGAGCUUGUUUCCCUUGAUGCGGGGCUGGCGUUCCGUGCCUUCCUGCACGGCCGCAUGAAGGCCCUCAUGAGUGAGCGCCUGGCAUGGGGCGAGACCUACCCCGCUGUUGCUGUCGGAGGGAGCUCGGGUCUCAACAGCAGCAGCAUUGGUAGCAGUGGCGGUAGCAGUGGUGGUGCCGGCAGCUCAUCGCUCGGAAACAAAACUGACACACAGUCAGUCCAAGGCACAUCACGCGGCAACCCCACCCCCAGUUCUCCUCCCCUCGCCACCACGGCGCCCCUGCCGUCCAGCAUCCCGGCCGGCCCCUGGCAGCAGCUGCACCGCUUCAAGACGUGCCACCCGCUCUACGGCUCCGCGGCUGGCUGGGACCUCCCCGUGCGCUCCCUGCUCGCCCUUGACCUCGAGUCCCAGCUUGGGGGUGCUGCAGGUGCUGGGGGCGCUGGGGGCGCGCAGGGCGCGAGGGGUGGUGGGGGUGGAGGGGGUAAGGGGAGCAGCGGGGGCAGCAGCGGGGGAAGUGGGGGUUUUGGAGGCAAAGGGGAGGUGGGAAGGGUGGGUGCGGGGAGAGGAGGAGGAGGAGUGGGUGGGGGCGCGGGUGUGAUGGGCAGGGGAGGGGGCGGAGGAGGAGUGGGGCUAGGAGGCGGGUUUGCAGCGCCACCGUUUGUGGAGGGCGAGCCAGCGGAUGUGACUCUAGUGAAGGCCGUCUUCCCCGAGUCCUGCGCCCCUGGGGGCGACGGCACCCUCGGCCCCACCUCUCCUGCUGCCACCGGGGGAGGAGAGGGGGGCGGGGGGGAAGGAGGAGGAGGCGGGGAAGGGGGGAACGCGGGGCGGGGGGACACGGGGCGGGUGUGCAGCGGGUGUGUGUCGGUGAACGGGCGGGGCACAUGUGACGAGGAGGACACGUAUGCGGGCUUCCACGGCGCCUUCCGGUGUCUCAUGGAGCACGCGGGCGACGUGGCCUUCCUGAGACUGGACACGCCUCUCUGGUUCGCCCGCGGGGGCCGGUUUCAGCAGGCGUGGUCGCUGCAAGACUUGGGGGAGUUCCGCGUGCUGUGCCCUCCCCUCGUUGGCGGAUGCUUGGAGGUUACAGAGAAUGUGGACGCCAACUGCACCUUCGGCAGCGUGCCAGCGAAUGUGGUGAUGACGCGCAACAGCAUAUCGGAGCGCUUCAAGUGCGCCAUUGUGGCUCGCCUGGAGCUGGCAGGCACAGUCAAGGCAUGGCGCGAGGCACUAUACGAGGGGCGCAACCCCUUUGACUACAUCCUCUCUGGCAGUGCCAAAGGGCUAGUGCGAGUGGACUCAUUGACGCGCGCCUAUCUGGGCAGCAUGGGCGAGGUCACAGAGGACAUUCUGCGCUACAACCGUGACCACGCCCCUCCUCCCCACCCCAGGGCCACUCACAGACUAUGUGUUUCUGGUUGGUUUAAAUCACUACUGACAAUGCUGCUUGCUGCACUGCUUUCUCUCUAG